CCAAAAUGGCGCCUGCCAUAUCUGUUUCAUUACUCUCCCGUAAUGUUCCACCGUAAACCUGUAACAAACAAAAACUGCGUCAAAAAAUAGAUAAAAAAUAUUUUUGCAGGAGGCAGCUGAACCCCACUCACGUUUCCUUGGCAACUAAAAAUGCGUGAUUCAAAAACUGUGACGUCAGAUUUUCCCGUGAUGCUUAGCGACAAUGGCUUCAGCUCAGCGCUUAGCGAAAGAAGCCACUGACUGAAAGCUUACCAUAAAUCCUUUAUCGACGGCACCGAACCGAACAAACUAUUCCCGCAAGUAUUGGCAUACGUUAGGCAAUAAUUGUGCCGGGUGUGGCAUUGGAAGAAUUUUCUUCGGAACCGGCAUUAUGGAUCAGGACUACGAGUCCAGACUGCUAAGGCAAAUCAACAUCCAAAAUGCGAAUGCCAGUCCAGUGAAAUCUGUAAGUGCGCUUCGAGCUCUGUCACCAGCCAGCUCCCCGCUGUCCUCCCCGAGCAAGCACGGCGAUCGCUUCAUCCCUUCGCGGGCCGGCGCCAACUGGAGCGUCAACUUCCACCGCAUCAAUGAAAUUGAGAAGUCGCACAACCAAAACAGGAAAACAAAAGAUGGCACAGCAGACAGCAAUAAAGCGGAUGGUCUUGCAUACUCCGCACUGCUGAAAAACGAGUUGUUGGGAGCCGGUAUCGACAAAGUCCAGGACCCUCAGUCCGAAGACCGCCGUCUUCAGCCGUCCACUCCGACCAGGCGGAGCCUUUUCAAAUACUCAAUAAGUACUAAGAGGUCUCUCGAAGAAGAUGGAAACGCUGUUUCUCCUUAUUCCUUAUCACCCGUCAGUAGCAACAGCCAAAAACUACUACGCUCGCCACGGAAGCCCAUGCGGAAGAUCUCUAAAAUACCCUUCAAAGUUCUUGAUGCGCCAGAGCUUCAGGAUGACUUCUACCUCAACUUAGUGGACUGGUCCUCUCUUAAUGUGCUUAGUGUAGGACUGGGAACAUGUGUGUACCUGUGGAGCGCUUGUACUAGCCAGGUGACGCGUCUGUGUGACCUUUCUGUUGAAGGAGACUCUGUGACGUCAGUGGGCUGGUCGGAAAGGGGUAACCUGGUUGCUGUGGGGACUCAUAAAGGGUACGUUCAAAUCUGGGAUGCAGCCGCAGCGAAAAAGCUCUCUGCGCUUGAGGGACACACAGCCAGAGUGGGUGCCUUGGCAUGGAACGCAGACCAGCUAUCAUCAGGCAGCCGCGAUAGGGUCAUCCUGCAGCGGGACAUCAGAGCGCCGCCUCUUCAGUCAGAACGCCGGCUCCAGGGACACCGGCAGGAAGUUUGUGGUCUAAAGUGGAGCACGGAUCAUCAGCUUUUAGCAUCUGGUGGCAACGAUAACAAGUUGCUCGUGUGGAACCACUCCAGCGUCCUCCCGGUGCAGCAGUACACGGAGCAUUUGGCGGCAGUGAAGGCAAUCGCCUGGUCGCCCCACCAGCACGGCCUAUUGGCGUCCGGCGGAGGCACCGCCGACCGCUGCAUCCGCUUCUGGAACACUCUCACGGGCCAGCCGCUACAGUGCACCGACACGGGCUCUCAGGUGUGCAACCUGGCCUGGUCCAAGCACACUAACGAACUGGUCAGCACACAUGGGUACUCCCAGAACCAGAUCCUGGUGUGGAAGUAUCCCUCCCUCACUCAGGUGGCUAAACUUACAGGGCACUCUUACAGAGUUCUUUACCUGGCCAUGUCGCCUGACGGAGAGGCGAUCGUGACGGGAGCAGGAGAUGAAACUCUUCGCUUCUGGAAUGUCUUUAGCAAGAUGAGAUCAACUAAGGAGUCCGUUUCAGUCCUCAACCUUUUCACCAGGAUCCGAUAGUGAGCACACUCAGCACUAUUGGGAAUUUCUAUUUUGCAUGCAUCAAGUGCAGGGCUUGAAGUGUUGACAUCAGUUCUGAAGGUUAUCAUCACGUUCCUGCGACUACACGCAGUAUUCAAUGUUGACAAAUCAUCUUUCCAGACCUAUUUUGUGCAUGACUGCCAAAUUUUGAGUUUGUCCUUUUUUAAUUGUUGAAUAAUUUAUUUUUGUUUUGUUAGCUGCGUCUUUAGCCUGCAUUUCUCUGUUUGUAAUUAUUUGCAUUGUCGCAAAUUUCGGUUUCAUCUGUGGAGUUUGGAUUUGCCCUCAGGGGUUUAGGCUUGCAUUACGGCUGUGUUUUAUCACGCUAAAGCAAAACAGGUUUGAGAAAGCGCAAAAAAAAAAGAGAAAUUGUCCAGCGCGCGUAAUUAAAACGCCUCCUAUCAGAGUCAUUAGUAAGAGCCAUUAAAUGCUUACAAUUCAAAAUAAUUAGCCGCACGCUAAAACGUUCCGCUUUUGUUCGCAUUCUGACAUUUGAUUCGCGUAGAUAUUUUCACGCGGGUUCGUCUAAUCUGCCAGGCCGCCGUCCUCGUCGUCCGCGCGAUUUAAUUGACUUAUUUCCCCAGGUUGAAUGCCGAGUAAACAAGCGUGCCACUUUUCCAUUAAGGCUAUUUAUUUGUGUUGUGUGAAGAAGUCGUUGUACGGUUAACGGCAUGUUUGCUGAGUUGGACGCCAAUUGACCAUCGAAGUACUUUAACGCCGAUUGUGGAAUUAUGUCGUUUUCUGUACUCGGGUCGUUGGCGAUUAAAAACAUAUCUUGUACAAUUGUGCUUUUCAUUGUCAUUUGUUCAUAUGGACCACCAGAGGGAGCCUCUUUAACAUCCAAUUUUGCAGUGAACUGCUGCUGCCACACCCGUGCGAUCGACCCUAACCGAGUUACCGCAAGGUGAAACUCGGGUUAACCACUUGCGAGACAAUAACGGACACGGUCUUAGGCGUGAGGGUGGGGAGACAUUUGUUACAGCCGUGAAGCUAAAUGGCUACAAAAUAUCCCGAGGCCUCAUUUUGUGCUGAAAAUUGUAAUAAGGAGAGAAAAACACUAGAUGGUAAACACCACUAACCCUUUAGAAAUGUCUUCUAGAUGAAUGAAUUUUGAUAUAUUGUCACGCCACGGAGGGCGGUGCGAUAGUUAUCGUUACAUGGAUAUGAAUUAUUCAAGAAAACAAUUAAUAAACAGAAAAAAUUGCUGCGAGUUUACAGUGGCGCCACCAGGGGGUGGCCACGGCCACCCCGCUUGCCAGUAUAUCGUUAGAUUGUUGUAGCAUCAGUUAUGCAUUUCAUCCCAAAUGAAUGCAUUUACUUUGUUUUGUUAAAUGUAGGGCUGUCAAAUUUAUCGCGUUCACGGGCGGUAAUUAAUUAUUUUUUAAAAUGAAUUACGUGAAAAUAUUUAUCGCAAUUAACGCAUUCGCUGUACGACUCAUUCACGCAUUGCCGUAAACAGCCUACAAUGGCGCCGUUUUACUUAUAUACAGAGAUAAGAGGCAGUGUCAAGUGAGUGGAGUA